CACCCUGCCUCAGUGAAUAAAUUUAUUGAAGGGGUGAGUGACCGAGCGAGCGAGCAACCAAAGACCACGGACGCGGCGGACGCUUCUUCUCGGCCUCGCUCUGUGUCUGUCUCUGUUAUUUACCAUCUUCAUUCCGACUAUCAUUUUUCCUUUUCAGCCGUUCCAAUCCAAGUGAGCUAGCUGUCUGGAACUUGAUUUCAAUUUUAAUUUGAGCAUUUGAAUGUGUUUCUGCUAGUGGGUUUGGCUCUCUAUCUCCAAUGUACUUUGCAUUGCCAUGUGGUUCAGAUGUACUUUGUCCAGAAAGAUCACACUACCAAUACGUAUCUCUUACAAUUUCGUGGCUGGAAAUGAUGCUAAUGGUUUCAAGUAUGCUUCCUCGUCCUCCCAAUUUGCGCUUGCCUACUUGAACUCCAGUCCCACUUCCUCUGAUGAUGAUGACCGUGAAUUUUCCAUUGCUGCUGCUACUUCUACUAGCUCUUGCUUCAGAAUCCAAAACCACAUCAUCCACCAUAUCUCCUGUGAAUUGGAAACUAUCAGAGUUGUUGAAAAACUUAGAAGUCUUGGAACAGAACCCAAGGGUGCUUUUUCGUUCUUCCACGAAGUGAAGAGAGCUGGCUUCCGGCACAAUGUCUCCACCUAUGCUGUGCUUGUUGCAAUUUUAUGUUCCUGGGGCUUGGAUAGGAUGUUGGAUUCUUUGUUCUUGGACCUUAUUGAACACCCACCAUUCCAAAUAUCAGAGUUGUUGGGAAAGCUGAAAGAGGAACUUGUUGUUGGUCAAUUGCUGGUUCGAGCUUAUGAUGCCUUAGUUAAGUCUUAUGUCAGUGUUGCCAAGUUUGAUGAUGCUAUAGAUGUUUUGUUCUCUGAAAAAAGGUGUGGAUUUGUUCCACAUAUCUUCACCUGUAACUUUCUUAUGAACCGCUUGAUUGAGCAUGAUAAAAUUAAAACGGCUCUGACCGUAUACAAGCAGUUGAAAAGUAAUGGCUUGAGCCCCAAUGGUUACACCUAUGUAAUUGUUAUCAAGGCACUCUGCAAGAUGGGUCUCUUAGAAGAAGCUUUGAAUGUGUUUCUGGAGAUGGAGGAAGCUGGGAUUACCCCGCCUGCCUUUGCUUAUACAGUGUAUGUUGAAGGGCUUUGUGUCAAUCAGGCUUCAGAUAUAGGGUAUCAAGUACUCCAAACAUGCAUAGAUGCAAAUAUCCCAAUUGACAUGUAUGCUUAUACUGCUGUGAUUCGUGGGUUCUGUAACGAGGCAAAGUUGGAAGAAGCUGAGAAUGUCUUUCUUGACAUGGAAAAACAAGGUAUAGUCCCAGAUGUGCAUACCUAUGGUGCAAUGAUUAAUGGCUAUUGUAAGGGCUAUAAUUUGGAAAAAGCUUUGACUCUUCAUAAUGAUAUGACGUCAAAAGGUAUAAAAACUAAUUGUGUGAUUAUUAGCACAAUUCUUCAAUGCUUGUGUAAGAUGGGCAUGCUUUCUGAGGUUGUAAACCAGUUUAACAAAUUUAAGGGUAUGGGAAUUUAUCUUGAUGAGAUUUCCUACGCCAUUGUGUUGGGUGCUUUAAGUAAGCUAGGGCAAGUAGAGCAAGCUGUAGAAUUGCUUGAAGAGAUGAAGGGCAAGAAAAUGAUAAUAGAUUUUAAGCAUUAUACAACUCUCAUUAAUGGUUAUUGUCUCAAAGGAGACAUGGGUAAUGCCUUGAAUCUUAUGGACGAAAUGAAGGAAAAGGUUUGCAAACCUGAUAUUGUUACUUAUAAUAUCCUUGUUGCUGGGUUUAUUAGAAAUGGCCUUGCAUUUGAGGCACUUUACCUUUUGAAUUUUAUGGAGGCAGAGGGUAUAAAACCAGAUAGUGUAGGACACAAAAUGAUAAUUGAAAAUUUAUUCGAAGGAGGAAAGGUUGAAGAAGCUGAAUUGUUUUUUAACCAUUUGAAAGUUAAGAGUGAGGGUAGCUGUUCUGCCAUGAUUGGUGGAUAUUGUGAUGUCAACAAUACACGAAAGGCCUACGAACUUGUUGUUAAUUUGUCAAAGCAAGGAAAUUUAGCAAGUAAAAUUUCCUACUUUAAACUACUCGGUAAACUUUGUAUGGAAAGUGAUCAUGACAGAGCUCUUAACUUGCUUCUGACAAUGUUGGACUCGAAUGUAGAAACUACCAAAAUUUUCUAUGACAAACUCAUUGCUUCUCUAUGCCAGACCGGAGAUGUGAAAAAGGCUCAGUUAGUUUUUGAUGAUUUAAUUAAGAGAGGGUUGACUCCUAAUGCCAUUAACUACACAAUGUUGAUAAACAGCUACUGCAAAAAGAACCAUUUGCAAGAAGCCUAUGAUCUGUUCCAAGAUAUGAAACAGAUAGGUAUCCAACCUGAUAUAACCACAUACACAGUUUUGCUUGAUGGUCAUUUCAAAACAAAUGCUAUGGAAAAGAAUGAAGCAAUUAAGGUUUCAACUAUUAUGAAAGAAAUUGAGGAAAGGGAAAUAAGAACAGAUGCAAUCUAUUACACUGUUUUUAUAGACUACCAUUGCCAGAAAGAGAAGAAGAAAAAUAGUAUUUCAUUUCCUAAUAAACAUGCUAUGUCGUUUCUUGAUGAAAUGAUAGAAAGAGGAGUAGAACCUGAUGUGGUUACCUUUACAGCUCUCCUGUGGGGUUCUUUUUUGAGGAGAAGAGAUGCUGUGAGAAGGGCUGUAAACCUUCUUGACGAGAUCGUUGAGAAUGAGAUGGAUGCUAAAACAAUAUUGUAGGAUGGUUGCACAAGGUCUUUUCUCAAGGAGAAGAAAGGUGCAACUUUGGAAAUAAAGAUGUUAUACAUAAAUUUAGAGCCAAAAGAAAGUAGACGAGCUUCCGUUGAUGUUUUCUUGAAGGCAGCAUAGCAUGAUAGCUUUGAUUAUGCUAUUUGACAUGUUCUCCAAGACGUGCCUGCUGAUAGCCUGCUGCUGAAAUCAGAAUUGUUUGGUUGUAGGAGAAACUACACGCAGACCUAUAACAAGAACUUCUUUGAACUCUUUACCUACAAGCAUUAGGACAGAAUCAUGGUUGGACUUCUCUCUUAUUGCGUGACACAAGGAUAGUGGAAUGUGGUCUUGUGGUUUGUUUUCUAGUAGAUAAAUUGGUAAAUAAAUUGUAUUUACGGCCAUGAUCAGCUUAUCAAGGAAACAGAAUUUGCAGGCUUACUGCUGUUAAAUUCACUUGAGAAACAAAAAGAUGAAGAGGACAAGUUUAAACCUGAGGCCCGUGAAACGUGGAAGUAAUGAUGGCCCAUAAUAUGCUUCCAUUCCAUUAUUGUGGGUUUUAUAUAAAGGAAGGUGGCUCUUGUAGAAGAAUCAAAAGUUUGAGGAAAACUAGAAUGUCCAUCUGCAAGACACGCUGUAUGGCAUGGAAAUGAAAUUCUCAAACAAGUCCCAUGGGUACCCGCUGAAGCAGUUAUCUCAUCUCAUAGAAACGGUCUGUCUGUUGUUUCUGUGUACCUAUCAUAUUCGGAUUUUGUUGAUAUCUCUGUUUAUGGCAAGCAACCUAUAUAGAAACAAAUGAGCACCGCUCUUUUAGGAUACUAGACAUGUUAUUUAUGAAUGUGUUGGAUUUGGCCUUUUGGAUCUUAGAAAGGACUUGUUUGUAAAUUGGUUCUGUGUAGACUUAAUAGUACAAUGCUUUACCUUA